CAUAACAAUCGGCGACUGAAUACUUUCGGAGCUUUUUGGAAAAAGAAUCAUUUCCAAAGAUGCGUUUCCCAAUAAUGAUUUGUAGAUAUAAUAUUAAAGUAUUACCAAAUAUAUCACGCAUAUAUUUGGGAGAUGACAAUUCGUACUUCAAGCAAUAUCUGACAUAUCGAGGUCACAGAAAACUAACAGAAUUAACAGCUGUCAAAUUCAUUCAUGGAGAUGCAAUCGUUAGAAGACCUAGGAACAAAGACGCUAAAAAUAAUGGUUUAUGUGUUAUCUGGAAAAGAGGUGGACUGUUCUACAAUACAAAUGGUCAUUGUUUGUCUACUGAAUGUAGUAGGAAUUUCAGUUCCAACGCAUUGCCAUCGAAUAAUAGUAAAAAAAGCACUAAAGAAAACAUCUACACUAUUCCAAAUGCAAUAACUGUGACCCGCAUGGCAGUCACGCCGGUAAUAGGUUACCUGAUAAUUCAGCAGAGUUUCUCCUGGGCCCUUGGAAUAUUUAUUGUGGCUGCAAUUUCUGACUCACUAGAUGGCUACAUUGCUAGAAAUUUCAAGAACCAGUCAUCAACAUUGGGGUCAGCAUUAGAUCCUCUGGCAGAUAAGAUUCUAGUCAACACAAUCACCAUAAGUCUGACAGUUGCUAAUCUGCUGCCUUUACCACUUGCAGUAUUAAUCAUAUCAAGAGAUGUCUUGCUCAUAUUAGCUGGACUUGUCAUCAGAUAUACCACAUUACAAAAACCAAGAACCCUGAAAGAUUAUCUGGAUCUAUCCAAUGUAACUGCAAAACUUGAGCCAUCUACUUUGAGCAAGAGAAACACAUUCUUCCAGCUGAGUCUGCUGUCCCUGACUAUGGCUUCACCAGUCUUCGAUUUUAUUGACCACCCAGUUAUCCAAGCUCUCUGGUACCUGACAGCCAUUACAACUGUGGGGACAGGUGUGGACUAUGCCAUAAAUAGAAACAAGUAUAUCAAGUUUCCCAAACAACCACCAGCAAAAUGACCAGAGGGAUUUUUAUGAUGGCCGUUUUUCUCAAUAAAAAUGGAUUGGAGCAUUAAUUACAUUCACCUUUUGUUUGCGUGCCUUACAGGGCAGAAAUAAUGGUACAUGUAGGAUCACUGAAUCUCGGUCCUGCGAAAGGAGAUAUCAAAUUCUGAAUUAUCAAAAUGAAAUGUUGUGCUGUGCACAAACCCUAAGGUCAAAUUCAAGAGCAAAUCAUAUACAUGCAUAUGAACAAGAUAUUGUGUUUGUAUUGAAAUUGUGUAAGGUUCAGGGAUUUGAAAAAAAACAUCAGACAACUGUAAAUACAUCAUGAUAACAUGUUUUACGCAAGACGGUGGUUUCUUAUUUAAAGGUCAAGGUCAACACACAAGAAUAAAGGUCAACAAACAUGAUUAAAUAUCAUGUUAAAACAAAAACUUUGUCCAUCAAGUGAGAAAUUUGAUGUUUAUUGGAACGUUUUUUUUUAAUCUAUGAUGAAAUUAUAUAAUUAUUUUCUUGACAUGAUUUUGUUUUGUAUAGUAUAUUGGUAAUAAAAUAAAAUAAAAACACA